CAAACGGCAAGUCGUGCAAAUAUGGAGCCAUGAUGGCGGCUUGGGGCAUUCAGUUUCCUGCUUAUAAUGCACUUUAACCUUUUCCCCGCCCACUUAGUUGACACGCGUUCUCUGUUUUGCAAGCAUGGCUUCUUCAGCUAAGAGGAGAGCAGUAGGUUUGAGUGAAAAUCACGGGGAAACUGAAAACAGCUCCGAUGAAAAUUCAGAGGAGGCAGGUGAUUCCAGGGAUGAAGACAGCGAGGCAUCAGAGGAGGAGAUUAACGAGGAGGUCAUGGUGGACUUCGAAGCUCACAACAUUACAGCGAACGACUUCGACGGCGUUAAGAAACUCCUUCAACAGCUGUUCCUGAAGGCUCAUGUAAAUACAUCAGAGAUGACAGACCUCAUCAUUCAACAGAAUCAUGUUGGAAGUGUCAUCAAGCAAGCUGAGGUGCCAGAAGACAGCGAUGAUGAAGACUCAGAUCAAGUGUUUGGCUUCAUCAGUAUGCUCAACCUUACAGAGAGAAAGGAUGUGCAAUGUGUGGAGGAGGUGAAGGAACUGAUCGUGGAUCAGUGUGAGAAGAGCUCUACCCCCAGCAUGACAGAAGAGAUCGAGCUGAUCCUCAAUGACCCCAGCAAGCCUGUGGGGUUACUGCUGAGCGAGCGCUUCAUCAACGUGCCCCCCCAGAUCGCACUGCCACUACACAAACAGCUCCAGGAAGAACUAGCUGAAGCUCAGAGGACGAAUAUGCCCAGUGGGAAGUGUCACUAUUGUCUGAUGAUCAGCAAGACCUGCAAAGAAGUGAGCAAGAGUGUCCCAGCCAGAGGAGCAGCUCCCAAAGAUGAAUACUUGUUCGUCAAUGCAGAGGAGGAAUUCUUCUUUGAGCAAGCUAUCUUACAGUUCCACUACUCGGUCCAGGAAGAGACAGACUCGUGUUUGAGCGGCAGGUGGUCGUUCGAUGAUGUUCCCAUGAAACCGUUCAGGACGGUGAUGCUGAUCCCAGCCGACAGAAUGCCUGCUAUCAUGGCAAAACUCAAAGAAUACCUAACUGUGUGAACCUUACAAUAAACUAAAACCCCUUUUCAUACUCAUGGAAACGGUUGUACUAGUAUACCCUUGUAACAGAAAAUGUUUUGUAAUGUCAGCUACAAUAGUGCAUGUCACAUUUUUAUGUUUAACAUACCUUGCUUAUACUGCAGCAGAGCACCCAAUAUAUCAUGUGAAUAUGAAUAGAAAUGCAACAAGUCAUGUCUUUUAGACUUGUUUAUAUGAACCAAGAUAAAUGUGAUGUGUGAUGCUCAACACAAUAGCGAAUAUGUGUGAGCUUGAAGUCAAAUGAGAUGUCACUUAGUCAAAUUACUGAAUGGUUAAUUCUACAUUGAUAACACACCUACAUAUAUAUCCCUUAACAUAACCCGGUAAAUGAUUUUCAAAAAUUGGAUCUUGAUUGUUGACAAAGGAAAAUUAUGCAUUGUUAAUUUGUAAAACGGCAGCAAAAUCCUAAAUUUGAGUUUACAGUGAUUUUGUAUCCCAGUAUAUCGUAGCUACUGUUUAUUAAUAAAUCCGUUGUAGAUCAACA